UCUCCCACUUCUAUAUUGAUUUAACAGUUAAACGAGUAGCCAAUUGAAGAGGAAAAAAAAAAAAAAGAGAAACAUAGAGAAGAAAGGAUAAAUGGCUUCAACUUCAGCUGUUUCAAUGGCUUUGCCCUUAACUCAGGCAAGCCAAAAGAGGGUGCCCACCUCUGAGACCUUUUUCAAGCCAAUGCCAGUGAAGUCGUCAAGGGCAAUUCCGGCAUCAAAAUCCAACGGCAGGUUUGAAGUCAAGGCUUCUUCUUCUUUCAAGGAGAAGGCUGUCACCGGAUUGACAGCGGCUGCACUGACGGCUUCCAUGGUGAUCCCGGAAGUGGCCGAAGCUGCAGGGCCCGGAGUUUCCCCAUCUCUCAAGAACUUCUUGCUCAGCAUUGUAGCUGGAGGUGUUGUGCUUACUGCAAUUGUUGGCGCUGUGAUUGGCGUGGCCAAUUUCGACCCCGUCAAGCGGAGCUAAUAUAUUCACCACUUUUAUGUGUCUGUUUAAUGCUUUCAGCUAUGAACCCUGUUGUUUGUUUAAUCUGUGACUGUAAUUUGGCAGAAACCUGUGAAUUCUGAAAUUUCUAUUUCAUUUUUCGCAUUACAAUUGAUCAUCA